UUGUAUUGCCUGUAUCAAGGCGAGGAUGAAACACAAGAAGCUGUUAUUUUUUCUCUAAACUUCAUUCAUGGAUUCAACUCCAAAGCAUCCCAUUUUCUGCUUGAAAUGGCCGUGGGACAAAAGCAACCACCAGAAUCCGAAAUCCCCUUGCAAUUUAGAGACCCCUUGGCUCUUUAAAUCAAUACAUAAUGUCGGAUUAUUUGCUUUUAAUUUCUUGGAUUCAGCUUUGAAAACCCUAGAUUCUCCAAACAAACAAUUAAACCCUAAUCAACCUCUUAUUGAUGUUGGAAUGAAAUGGAAGAGUUCUAAACCGACGAACAAGAAAUUGUCUCUAGCAGAGCAAGGGGAAGCAGAAAAUAGAGCCCUAGCUUUGGCUUUAUCAAGUGGGAAAGAUGCUACAGUGAUGGAAUUUUAUUCACCGAAGUGUAGACUUUGCAAUUCUUUGCUUGAAUUUGUCAUGGAAAUUGAGUCAAGGAAUUCUGAUUGGCUUAAUAUUGUAAUGGCGGAUGCAGAGAAUGAGAAAUGGCUUCCUGAGCUCCUCCACUAUGACGUCAGAUACGUUCCUUGCUUUGUGCUUUUGGAUAAAGACGGGAGAGCACUAGCAAAGACGGGUGUUCCAACCAGUCGAAUGCACGUAGUAGCAGGUCUUUCUCAUCUAAUCAAAAUGAAGCAACCUCAGAAAAAACAAACCAGGCACUGAACUUUUGAACAUCGAUCCGUCAAACAUAACUUAUUGGAACUGAUUUAUGAUGUUUGACGAAGGGAAUCGAGAUGGUUUCUGAUUCGAAUGUGCUAAGGAAAUAUUGGUACGAAACAAUAGAAGAAUGGGUUGUUUUUGGAUUGGAAAUGUUAGGUUUUGAGUUUUGUUACAGAAUAAUGGGAUUUGAAGUUUGAGAAAUCGGUGAAGGAAUUGGGUUAUUGCGGCUGAAUUAUAGUGAAGAUUGAUGAAUUUUUUCAGUGAUUUAUUUGAGAACGACGUUUCAGUUUUUUUUUUGGGGUUUGAUUUUGUUAACUUGGCAUCAUAACAGAGAUUGUAUUUGUUCUUCAUGUCGAUUUUGUAUUGAAUUUUGGGGGAACUAAUUAGAGAUUAUCAGUUGAUAAAUCAAUUUAUUUUCGUAUGGGUUAAUUUUUGUUAUUUGGUUGACUAGGGUUCUUGAAGUUGAUUAUUGGGGUUCAAUUUGGGGAAGAACAUGUUACAGUGGAAGAUGAAC